ACACUGAAUGCAGAAAAGGCCUCCGCUGAAAAUCACUCCGAACAGAAAAGACUCUAGCUUCAACAUCUAACAACCAUCGGUUCCUAGGUUUGCUUGGUUUAAUGCUCUAGGGAUGUUUUCUUAUCCCAAUUCGCGCUUCCUAUUCGGAGCAGCAAAGCGAUUAAAGUUCCCCAUACCAUCCCGUGCUCUUUCAUCAAGUAGGCCAGAAACCGUUCCUAAUUCCAAGUCGGAAGGUUCUCCCGGAUCGGACGUAUCGCGCACGUCAAACCCAUCUGCCACAUCGUCCCUUUCAAUUGAGACAGAGAGACCCUCGAAAUCACAUGUCGGGGAAUGGGCAGAACGGUUGGACAGCAUUGGGCAAAACGCUCGAUUGCCUAGAAGCGUACAAGCGGUCUACUUGCGACCACUGCGGAGGAAGGCCGAGUAUGGUCUUCCAGUUUGCGAUCUCCAGCUAAGAUCCUACAGCGUGCGAAACGUCGAAUUUUUCGCCGACUUCGCUGUACGAGCUGCCUAUUAUUUGAAGCUCCCCGUUUCGGGUCCCGUGCCGUUACCACGCUUUGUCGAACGCUGGACAGUUCCUCGAAGCAACUUUGUUCACAAAAAAAGCCAGGAGAAUUUCGAGCGGAUAACACUCCGUCGGUUGAUCCAGAUCAAAGAUGGCCAUCCGCAGGUCGUACAAGCAUGGCUAGCAUUUCUACGAAAACAUGCCUUCUAUGGGGUCGGUAUGAAGGCGAAUGUUUGGGAACAUGAAAGCCUUGGUGUUGCCCAAUCAAUGGAUGCUGCUCUUCCUGAAAUUGAGAAGUCUCUCGAGUCGGACCUCGCCCAAUUUGGUCAGCGGGCGGAUGCAAGGGUCGGCAGUUCCAUGUUUGAUCGCUUAGACCGCGAGCGAUUUUGUGAGAACAAAAGCCCUUUAACCGAAGUCCGCCGGGGCUAAAUGUUGAUUGGUUUUUUUUUGGGAAGUUGCUAUCAAGGCACUUGCGUGUUUGUUAGGUUGUAUCUACUUCAACUACUUGUAUUCUACUACAUCACACUAUAUCUCAACAUUCGACACAUGUUGUAGAUAUGGGAUUCAGCAUUAUUAUUUUUAGAUUCUACAACUUACCUGCGUUUUUGGCUUCAUCUACCAUUCAUAGGACUAUCGAAAUUGACAAUAAAAUCGAUGGCCUCUACUUGUGCUAAAUAUUUAUCCAAUGCCUUUCUAUUCUACCAUUAUGAC